CCGACGCAGUCCGCCCCACCCUUGCUCUUCGGCGCUGCAGAUGGUGCUUCCAGGGAGAGCCAUGGCUACUUUCCGCUUGGCCCUCAUCCAGCUUCAAGUUUCUUCCAUCAAAUCAGAUAAUGUCAUUCGAGCUUGUAGCCUUGUCCGGGAGGCAGCAAAGCAAGGAGCCAAAAUAGUUUCUCUGCCAGAAUGCUUUAAUUCUCCAUAUGGCACAAAAUAUUUUCCUGAAUAUGCAGAGAAAAUUCCUGGUGAAUCCACACAGAAGCUUUCUGAAGUAGCAAAGGAGUGCAGCAUAUAUCUCAUUGGAGGCUCCAUCCCUGAAGAGGAUGCUGGGAAAUUAUAUAACACCUGUGCUGUCUUUGGGCCUGAUGGAACUUUACUAGUAAAGCACAGAAAAAUCCAUCUGUUUGACAUUGAUGUUCCUGGAAAAAUUACAUUUCAAGAAUCUAAAACAUUGAGUCCUGGUGAUAAUUUCUCCACAUUUGAUACUCCUUAUUGCAGAGUGGGCCUGGGCAUCUGCUAUGACAUCCGCUUUGCAGAACUUGCACAAGUGUAUGCACAGAGAGGUUGCCAGCUGUUGGUGUAUCCUGGGGCUUUCAAUUUGACCACUGGACCAGCCCACUGGGAAUUGCUUCAGCGAGGCCGGGCUGUUGAUAAUCAGAUAUAUGUGGCUACAGCCUCUCCUGCCCGGGAUGAUAACGCCUCCUAUGUUGCCUGGGGACACAGCACUGUCGUGAACCCUUGGGGGGAGGUCCUAGCCAAAGCUGGCACUGAAGAAAUGAUCCUGUAUUCAGACAUAGACCUGAAGAAGUUGGCUGAAAUACGCCAGCAAAUCCCCAUUUUUAAACAGAAGCGAUCAGACCUCUAUGCAGUGGAGACGAAAAAGCCCUAAAGUUUGUUUCCAACAUCUCACAAAACAGGAAGAUACAAAUGUUUCUGUAGCAUAGCUUCUGUUGAUUCUUGUUUUGUAGGGGUGAUGAAGAUUGAACCAAGACUCACACAUACUACCACUGAGCUACAUACUUAGGCUCCUAUUGAAUUCUUUAAUGGUUUUUUAAAUAAAUUUCAGCCUUUUCCUCCUGGGAGAGCUGUCUGUUGAGAUGAUAAAGCCAUCUUGAAUAGUUAGAAAGGACACAGACUGGCAUCAAAGAGCAGAAAGGGGGGUCCAUGAAGCUUCUUUCCUUAAGAUGCCGAAGAGCAGUAGGUUAAAAAAUAUCUUGGGGGCUGGGGAUGUGGCUCAAGCGGUAGCGCGCUUGCCUGGCAUGCGUGCGGCCCGGG